GUACCAUGUAUUGAAAGGUAACAUCAAAUACUGAUAUGUUAAAUUAUCCAUCGAUUCGGAAUCUAGAUCAUCUAGAAUUUCGACAAAUUUAGAAAAAAAGGAGUGACUGUCAGGAUAAGUAAUUAAAGAUAGCAAAACAGGAAAAAAGAAUGGAAUUUGGAUGGAAGCAGUUCUUUCUUUUGUCCUUUUUAAAUGCUGUGAUUGCAGCAGUCAACCUAAAGAUUGCCACCGACAGAGCUGUUCAGACUGUUUCAGAUAAAUUCCUGAGUAUUGCUAUAGAUACUGGUAUCAUCAGACAUAACUGGGAAAGGUUGAAUUUCAGCGCACCAAAGGUAGAGUCCUUAGCCAGAGCAUUGUCACCAUGUUAUCUCCGUGUAGGAGGGUCAGAGGCUGAUUUUAUGAAGUUUUCACCGGACACACACAAUGUCAGAUUCUACAAUCAAAGUGACCUCUAUAUGUCAGAUUAUUAUGAUAAUAAAUUUGUUAAUUUUACUAUGUUUUCAAAUCAAUGGGAUGAGCUGAAUCACUUUGUGUCAAAGGUUGGUUGGAAUCUGAUCUUUGACCUGAACUCAUUACUGAGAGAGGAUGGACAAUGGCUACCAGAUAAUGCCAAACAGCUGAUGGACUAUACUUCACAGAAAGGUUACAAAAUAAGUGGAUGGGAACUGGGCAAUGAGCCUAACUCAUACAAACACCAUAUUGGUUAUUCCAUCUCUGGUUCCCAGAGAGCUAAGGACUACAGUAAACUUCACAGUCUGUUAAACCAGUACCCACAGUGGAGAAAUAGUGUAAUAAUAGGCCCUAGUACCACACAGCUAUCAAAGACAUCAGCUGAGAAAUAUUUUACAGAAUUUUUACAAACAGGAGGACCAGAUAUUGUUACAAAUCCAACUUUUCAUCACUAUUAUAUAAAUGGAAGAGAAGCUACAAUUGACCAGUUCAUGGAUAUUGACAUCUUGAAUGGUUUAAUUCCUGAAAUAAAUAAAGGCAAUGAAAUAGCCAAACAUCCUCCCUAUGGGAAAACAUGGCUUGGUGAAACAGGAUCAGCUUAUGGAGGAGGUGCCCCAGGACUGUCUGAUACCUAUGUGGCAGGUUUUAUGUGGUUAGAUAAGCUAGGAAUAUCAGCAGUCGGUGGACUAGAUGUGUUAAUCAGACAAUCUUUUUAUGGAGGACAUUAUUCCAUUAUAGAUGACGAAACUAGUGAUCCAUUACCAGAUUAUUGGUUGUCAUAUAUGUAUAAAACUUUGGUUGGGAGAUUAGUAUUGAAUGUUACAGUUGACGACUCAGAAGGCUUAGUUAGAAUGUACUCUCAUUGUACUAAUGUAAAAAGGUCUAAUUAUACUGCUGGAAGUAUAACAGUAUACGGAAUGAAUCUUGGUGACGAAUUUAAAACAAUAAACUUCCCACAAUAUGGAGAUGAUGUCACACUGCAUGUAUAUGUAUUACAACCCCAGGAGGAGAGCUUAAAAUCACAGUCAGUAACACUGAAUGGAAGACAUUUAAAGUUGAAUGAAGAUUACACACUACCAAAUGUGUUAACACCUGUGAUAAAGACAGGGAAGGUAUCAUUCCCACCACAAUCAUUUGGAUUUAUCGUUCUACCAAAUAUUAAAGCUAAAGCUUGUCAGACUGCAAAUUGAUAUUAGUCAUUGGGAAUUUAUUUCAUACCUGCAACAGUGUCA